AUGACACAGGGAGUCGUUAGCUGUCAUCCGAUGCAAAUGCGAGCGUCACUGACAAUUCUGAUCCUUUUUUUCACUGAUUCCACAAGUUCUAUAGGCUGCCUUCCAAAAUGUCGUGUGACCAUAUACUGCAUGAAGGAUUUCGUGAACACGUCCCAGAAAAUGUGGACGUAUAAAAUAAGCAAACAGGGCACCAUUAGAUGUCAGCACAAUCAGAUGCGUGCCAUCACCCCACAAUACAUUGUUUACAACAGGACAUUCUUGCACAAUGAACAAAGACGCAGUAUAAUUCUUCAGGGAGAGUUUCACGUACGACACAGGAACUUGAUGGACGUGUACGCCAUAGACUUAGGAUCGAGACUUCUUUGCACAGAAACAUUGCUCUACAUGGCUAAAGAUGCAUCGUGUGGUGUUGUGAUGAUCCAUCCAGCAGGGAAUGGAGUGACAUAUUACGAACUUCGCGUUCGAAACGCUUACAUUGCCACGGUUCCUGAUCGACACUGUGGAAGCCACUUUUGUCGUGUAGCUGGAAGUGGCGUAUUUACUUACCGGCCGGACUGUAAGAAUAUGACCAUGCCACGCUAGUGAAUGCCUCAUAGAUAGGAGCUAGGCAUCAACUUAUUUUCUGUAAUCACUUACAACGUAGCAAUAAACACAUGUUCCGCAU